CCCAGGAAGUGGUAGGCUGAGCAGAACUACGCAUGCGCCACACGCACCAUGGGCGUAGGACUUCGUCAGGUCGCUACUCCCUGCGGGGCGGAGGCCUGAUGCUGCCGGGAGGGGAGCGGGGCAACUGCCAGUGGACAUGGCGGCGUGCGGCAGCGGGGCUGUGCUCGCUGCCCUGGGAGUGCUUAGUAUUUGUGCGGUCAGCGGCUCUGGGCCCAUGGCUCAGGGGGAGACCGGCGGAGAGGCGGGCUGGGCAGAGCCGUGGGAUGGUGCAGUUUUCCGGCCGCCCUCGGCGCUGGGCGCGGUGGGGGUGGCGCGCAGUCCCGGGCCCUCGCAGCCAGGGAGGGAGGAGGCCGUGGACUUGCCGGUGCUGCUGUGGUGGAGCCCAGGGCUAUUUCCCCACUUCCCGGGCGACUCAGAGCGCAUCGAGUGCGCGCGCGGCGCGUGCGUGGCGUCCCGGGACCGACGGGUGCGAGGGCACUCGCGGACGCGCGCGCUGCUCUUCUACGGCACUGACUUUCGAGCCUCCGAGGCGCCGCUGCCGCGCCUGGCGCAUCAGAAUUGGGCGCUCCUGCACGAGGAGUCGCCCCUCAACAACUUCCUGCUGAGCCACGGGCCGGGCAUCCGCCUCUUCAAUCUUACUGCCACGUUCAGCCGCUAUUCUGACUACCCGUUGCCGCUUCAGUGGCUGCCCGGGACCGCUUAUCUGCGCCGCGCGGCGCCUCCGCUACAGGAGCGCGCUGAGUGGCGCCGACGCGGCUACGCGCCGCUGCUCUAUCUGCAGUCCCACUGCGACGUGCCUGCGGACCGGGACCGCUACGUGCGCGAGCUGAUGCGUUACAUCCCGGUGGACUCCUACGGGAAAUGCCUACAAAAUCGGGAGCUGCCCACUCCGCGGUUACAGGACACAGCCACAGCCACCACCGAGGAUCCAGAGCUCUUGGCCUUCUUGUCUCGCUAUAAGUUCCACUUGGCCCUUGAAAAUGCCAUCUGUGACGACUACAUGACAGAGAAGCUGUGGCGCCCCAUGCAUCUUGGUGCUGUGCCUGUGUAUCGCGGCUCUCCCUCUGUGAGGGACUGGAUGCCCAACAAUCACUCCAUCAUCCUCAUUGAUGACUUUGAGUCACCUCAAAAGCUGGCAGAAUUUAUUGAUUUUCUGGACAAGAACGAUGAGGAAUAUAUGAAAUAUCUGGCAUACAAACAACCUGGGGGCAUCACCAACCAGUUCCUUCUGGAUAGUCUGAAGUAUCGGGAGUGGGGAGUGAAUGAUCCUUUGCUGCCUAACUACCUCAAUGGCUUUGAGUGUUUUGUCUGUGACCAUGAACUGGCUCGGCUGGAGGCCGAGAAAGCACACGCAGCCUCUCCUGGGGACAUCCCUGUCCCUGAGCCUCACAUUGCCCAGCCCUCACACAUGGACUGCCCAGUGCCCACACCUGGAUUUGGCAGUGUGGAAGAGAUUCCUGAGAAUGACAGCUGGAAGGAGAUGUGGCUGCAAGAUUAUUGGCAAGGUCUGGACCAGGGGGAAGCUCUCACUGCCAUGAUCCACAACAAUGAGACAAAGCAGAGGAAAUUUUGGGACUACCUACAUGAGAUCUUCAUGAAAAGGAACCAAAAUCUCUAAUUAUCCUUGCAAGAGCCUUAAAAUUGGUAGAGUUAAGGAGAUGGAAGUCCUUAUUCUACCAUGGGAUAUGAGGGGCAUCUGCUGCAUAUCCCUUAACGAACACUGUCUUAUUAUGAGUUCAGGAAUUCCGGUUAUAUCCACUGAUAUUUUAUCCUAAUGAUGUGUAUCCAGUGUCUCAGUUUGUGGUAUUAGGGCCUCUCCUCAAUGAGAGAUGGAGGCUUCUAGUUCUUGGAUUAAUGGAAAACAGAAGCCUGAAACACCCACUUGUUUUAAAGUGCUGAUUCAACAGAAUCUUUAAAGAAUUGCAUCUUUCUCUAGCCAUUUCAUCCUCUUAACUGUGAUUGGAACAACAUCUUGGUACUUGGCUUAAGAAUGAGGUAAAAUGGACCACGUUUAGUAGGGUCUUAAAAUUUCUGUGCUCUUCUUUAAACUCUUUAUUAUUCAGUACCUUUCCUUUAUUUUUUUUACAUUUAAAAAAAAAUUUACUUUGAGAGACAAAGCACAAGUCAGGGAGGGGCAGAGAGAGAGAGAAUCCUAAGCAGGCUCUGCAUCAUCAGUGCAGAGCCCAAUGUAGGGCUCGAAGCCAUGAACUGCAAGAUCACCACCAGAGCCGAAGUCAGACACUCAACUGACUGAGCCACCCAGGCGCACCUAUUCAAUACCUUUCCUAAUCUCUUUUCAUCUCCUGCUUUAUAAAUGGUUACAUUGGUGGUGAAGCAAAACUCCUGGUGGGUUGUGUUAUGGUUCUUUGGAAUUGUAUUUUUUACAUCAUUUACUUGCUCUUGAUGUCAAACUUUUUAACUUUUUUUUUUUUCAGGUGCCUGGGUGGUUCAGGUCAUGAUCUUGUAGUUCAUGAGUUUGAGCCCCAUGUCGGGCUUUGUGCUGACAGCUUGGAGCCUGAAGCCUGUAUCAGUUUCUGUGUCUUCCUUUCUCUCUGCCCCUCCCUACUAACGCUCUGUCUCUCUGUUUCUCAAAAGGAAACAUUAAAAAAAUUGUUUUAAUGGUUUUUUCUUUCCUGGUUUUCCGUAAUCUGAUGAAGAUGCCACCAUCCCCACAUUCAUUCUCCUCUACAUUAAACUGGCUGUAGAUUUUUGACAGCUUUGCUUACUGCUGGUUUGCUUCUUUUUUAGGGAAUAGCUGUAAUUCUUUCUCAUCUCAUGAACAGAAAGAUCCGAUAGUUAAUAUAUAUCAUGUCAAUUUAAUGAAUUGUCCUGCUCUAUUUUAGGUUAGAGAUAGAGACUAUGGCUGGCAGAAAAACAAAAAAAAUGAUGGCAGAAAAACAAAUUUAAUAUUUAAAUGAUUUUUUUAAUGUUUCUAUUUAUUUUUGAGACAGAGCAUGAGCAGGGGAGGGGCAGAGAGAGAGGGAGACACAGAAUCCGAACCAGGCUCUAGGCUCUGAGCUGUCAGCACAGAGCCUGAUGUAGAGCUCGAACUCACGAACUGUGAGAUGGUGACCUGAGCUGAAGUCAGUCGCUUAACCGACUGAGCCACCCAGGCGCCCCUAAAUGAUUUUUAAAUGUUAAAAUAGACCAGGGUGAAUCAAACUGCAGGUUUUUAUAGGUCUUUGGUCUUUUCUGUCUGCCUAAUGAACUCUUCUCUAUAUUUUAUUAUUUAAAAAAAAUUUUUUUAAUGUUUAUUCAUUUUUGAGAGACAAAGACAGAGUGCAAGUGGGGGAGGGGCAGAGAGAGGGAGACACAGAAUCCGAAGCGGGCUCCAGGCUCUGAGCUGUCAGCACAGAGCCCAAUAUGGGGCUCGAACCCACAGACCAAGAGAUCAUGACCUGAGCUGGAGUCGGCUGCUUAACUGACUGAGCCACCCAGGUGCCCCUAUAUUUUAUUAUUUUUAAAUGCUACAAAAGUCCCAUUUCCUCCAAAGAAUCAUGAAAAUUACAUUGGAAAAAACAGCCCAGCAAUACAGUUGUAAUAAUUACUUCAUACUAUGGAGCACUUUUCAGUUCAUGUGGGAUGAAUAUUCCAACUUGACUCAUUCUGUUACUGAUAUCCUUCUGUUCAACUUUAUAGUACUUACUGAGACUACAUUUUGAUGGAACAUACCUAAACUCAAGGGGCUGAGAGGUGAGGCAAGACUUAUGUUGGUGGUGAAGCAAAACUCCUGGUGGGUUGUAUUAUGGUUCUUUGGAAUUGUAUUUUUUAUAACAUUUACUUGCCCUUGAUGUCAAGGGGCUGAGAGGUGAGGCAAGAGUUAGCCACCACAAGUGGCUGGUUCAGUAAAAAGCUGUUAGGCAGAUUUGGGGAUAUAGCCAAACUUUUAUAUUGCUGUGGCUUGAAAAUAAAGCUUAAAGGGCAGGGAGACCAUUAGCUUUUUCAGGGCCAGUGGAACAAGAAAUACCUUGGACCUUAGAGCUACUCUGGUUGUAAUGUGUAGUAUUAAUAAAUUAUCACUAAAGAAGUUCUAUAGCUUAUCAGUGUUAUCUAUAAAUUAAUAUGUAUAUGUACUUAUAUAUAUACACAUACAUACACUAAUUUACAACCAGAUGUGUGUGUGUGUGUGUGUGUGUGUUUAUGUAUGUAAGGUGCUUCAACAACUAGGGUCCCACACUUAAUAUUGUGACACCUAAGGAUGUGGCCAAGGAGAGCUCUAAUUUAGACUGGAUUUCAUGGUCAUAAUGGUUCUAUUUUCAUUUUAUUUUUUAGUAAAAAAUACCCUCACAACAGCAUGGAAAGUUUGCUUAACCUGUUUGGGCUUUUGCAGAAAAGCACAAGAGGGGAAGAUAGACCUUCAAAUGUACUAUUAAAAUUGGGUAUAAUGUAGACCCACAAAAAGAAGUCAAAUUCAGGACUCUGAUUUCUAAACUUGAAAUCUAUUUUUUUUUGGAGUAGUUUGUUUUUUUUUUAACGUUUAUUCAUUUUUAAGAGACAGACAGAGUGUGAGUUGGGGAAGGGCAGAGAGAGAGAGGAAGACAGACUAUGAAGCAGGCUCCAGGCUCUGAGGUGUCAGCACAGAGUCUGAUGUGGGGCUCAAACCAAUGAGUCGUGAGAUCAUGACCUGCACUGAAGUCGGGCACUCAACCGACUGAGCCACCCAGGUGCCCCUAAACUUCCAAUCUACUUAAAUGCAGGUGCUCAUAUAUAGUGCAAAAUACACAUUACUCAAAUGCAAACUAAGGUUAGGACUCAAGUUUAUGUGCAAUAAAAAGGGUAAGUGAUGGUUAUGCAAAAUGUAGAAUCAUCCUUACCUCUCCUAAUUACACCAGUUCAGAUUGGCAUUCCUUUUAUGUACAAAGUGGGCACUUUUAUGUACAAAAUGGGCCAGUUGUUGAAUGAUUGUGAAUGAUUGUGGCUGGAGACUCAGGCCUGCUUUGUGGACAGGGCUUUUUAGACGUUCUCCUUUAAUCCUAUUACCAUAAAAGUAUUCGUAAAAGAGCAAGAUAAGCCAGGUGCUACAUUUCCACAAGAGCAAGCAGAACCAAUAUGAAGAGAAAGCAAACAAUGUGAAUUUUCUCUGGUUUGGGGCUCAGUUUGCUCUGUCAACAGCAGCAGGCUUGGGGUUAUUGGUGGUAGAAGUGCUUGAUUAGGAGUCUUUUAUUGGACUGGGGGUGGAGCAUGGGGCUGAUGCCUUUAUUACUCCAUGUGUUGCAAUAUCCUAUAAUCUCAGGUUUCAUUUUGUAUAAUAAAUGGCUUCUUUUUAAA